GUACAUCUACUCAACCUGCCAGAAAGUGAGCCGUACCAACGGGACUUGAGGAACAACACUAGCUCCAGAUCGGCCACUCGGGGGUCUUUCAUUUCAGUGUGGCGUUGAUGUGAGCUGCAAAAGACGGAUAUUUUGAUGCAGAUUGCGGAAGUAAAUGUUUCAGAACUUUAAGUUGUAGCGUUGGUGGAGAUUCUUGUUAAGUUGAUGAAGCAAGAAGAGUGGUGUUCAAGCAUUUGUUAUUAAAGAGGAAGUGCAGGGAGAAAAAAUGGAGGAGCACGGUACUGUCAACUUCAUGAGACUGCUGUCAGAUGAGAGCACUCGUUCCACCGUGUCGUCGGACUCCUGUGAGUACUAUCAGACAGAGAUAUUUGAUCAGCUGCCCAGCGUCCAGGCCAUCCGAGCCGAACAAAACAGACAGGGUUUUGGGGAACCCUGCCAGGCCAACCAGGGUGGCUCAGAGCCGGGGGAGAAGAUAAGCCAUGGCCACCUGUCCAGAGGACCAAAAGACAAGACAUCUACACAGCCGCUCAGGAACCUGGUCAUGUGUAUUCAGGGGAAGAGAGAUGCCAGGGACAGGAGGAAGAUGCAAAUCAGCAAUAUUGGUUUUUGGGAGUCCUGGAGGCGGAGCCAGACCAUCAACAGGAUGAGGAUUUGGGCACAGAUGAGAGGAGCUCUAUCAGGCCUGUUGCCAUGGCAGAACACUCUCCACACCAUUAAAGGCAGGUUUGGAGUCGGCGUGAAGGCUUACUUUGUUUUCCUCAGAUAUCUGGUUUACUUGAACCUACUUCACUGUGCUCUUAUCUGGGGUUUCAUUCUGGGGCCCACAACAUUUUAUGGCAGGAGCAACAGCAGUGAACCUUUGAGGUUUGGACGCAAUGACUCUGUUUUGGAUUUCUUCCUGGGAUCAGGCUACCUGGAUCGUUCUCCAGUCUUCUUUGGCUUCUAUACUCGUGGUUCCCUGAAUUUGCCAUGUUUGAAUACACCUCUGCUGUACCUUGGUGGAAUCCUCACUAUCCUCUUCCUCAGUCUCAUCAUGGUGGUCCGUAGAACGACAGUUGGCUAUAAGCACACCUGGAUGCUGGGGAAGCGCUACAGUAUGAAUGUGAGCUAUAAGAUCUUUUGUGGUUGGGACUUCAAUAUCCAGGACCCUUUUUCUGCUACUCUCAAACAUAGCUUCAUCAGGAAUGAUCUCAAGCUGUUGCUGGAGGAGCAGAGUUUCUCCCUCCGCGAGGCUCAGAGGACACUUGGACAGCGGGUGCUUCGCUACCUGCUCAGGUUCAUCCUCAACCUGCUUGUUCUAUCUCUGCUGGGUGGAGCCUUCUACCUUAUUUACUUCGCCAUAACAAAAUCAGAGACCAAGAGUGAGCACUGGUUGGGCAGUCUGAUCCUGGAGUACCUCCCUCCCAUCACCAUCACCUUUGUCAACCUGUUCCUCCCUCACAUCUUCCGCAAGAUCUCAUCUUUUGAAGACUACUCUUUCACCACGCAGGUUAAUGCCACGCUUGUGAGGAGCAUCUUCUUGAAGCUGGCCUCACUGGGGAUUUACUUAUUCUUCGUCUUCAUAAAACAACAUAAGCAAUGCUGGGAGAACAUAUUUGGUAGAGAGAUGUACAAGCUGUGCAUCUUCAACUUCCUCGCCACUUUCUGCAACGCCUUUCUCUUGAACUACCCCAGGAAGCUGCUGCAGGAGAAGUACCCUUCAUCCUUGCUGGCCCGGCUGUCGGGGAAGCAGCGCUUUCUGAUCCAUUUCAAUGUUUUGGAUCUGGUGCACAGUCAGACAGUGUCCUGGGUGGGAGUCUACUACUGCCCUCUGCUGCCUCUAAUAGGAACUGUAACACUGAUGGCUACGUUCUACAUCAAAAAGUUCGGGGUCCUGCGUUGCUGUGUGGCAGAGCAGAGGAUGUUUCGAGCCUCCAGCUCCUCCGUUUUAUUCCACUUCAUGUUGCUGCUCGGCCUCCUCAUGGCUGUAGCCACACUGGGCUUCACUUUCUACCAGCAAAACCAAGACGCAGUGAACACAAACAUGACCUCCUGUGGUCCAUUUGGAAACGGAGAAACUGUGUUAAAUGUGACAGGAGUGUGUGUGGACAGUCUCCCGGGGCCGGUACAGACCACUCUCCACUACCUGUCCUCUGAGGCCUUCGCUCUGCCGCUCAUACUAGCUGAGAUUAUCAUCUUAACCUCCUACGUGUCACGAAAAGGAGCCAAUCAGAAGGCCAUUGAGAGACUGAAAGACAUGCUGGUUAUGAGCAGCUCAGAUAAGCGUUUCCUGGUGAAGCAACAUGCCACAAUGCUCAGACAAAAGAGAAACACCAAUAGAGUCCGUUCUGCGGCCAUUUAAGCCAUACUAACUGAUUAAAGGCCCCGAGCUGUCUGUCAGGCCUGUCCAUUCACAGACUUCCACUGAAAAAUAAAGCCUUGCUUUGGCCAACCACAGCUGGGUGGAGGCCCGGGGGUGGCUAAAAAUAAAAAAGUUGAAGGACUGAUGAGCUUUUCCACAUGAUAUACAAAGAUAAGAAAAAGUUACCUUUUUCUGCAAAUGUAUUUAACCUUCAUAUAAUGCAUUAUCUUAAUCUUAGUCACUUCUGCAGUCAUUUUCUAUAGUAUUGACAUUUUGUGAUGAUUGGUUUAUGGUCCUUUUGAGUUUGUUAAGCUUAAUAUAUAGUUGAAACGUUUGUGUUCUCACUUAUUUGUAUUUUUAACUGCAAGUCAACUUUAUUUUAUUUUAACUAUAUAUAUAUUUAAUAGCAA